AUGCAGAUGACACGCCGGGGGGCGAACUCAGUCGAGAGCAAUCGUCCCCUUGUCGGUAGGGGUAUAAUCUUCCUCCUCGGGGUGCACCAAAAUGCCGAGAGACUCCUCAGUCUCGUGAAAGUCAAGCCCCUCAUGGAUAUGCCUAAUCACGGGAUGCAGUCGAUCCCCGCGAUGAUCAACCAGCUCCCAAAGAAACUCCAGCUGAAGCCGACCAACACCUCGACGAUCUGCACCCACAACUGCCUCACGUUCCCAUCAAACACCACCCCCCCGGGAACAUCCAGCCCGCCAUACGCCGCCACCUCCCUCCGCGCAAACAAGCCCGUCAUGACGGUGGCCGCCACGCCACCAACACAAUGA